AUGUUGACACGUGUCGCAGUGAUUUUUUCGAUUUUUGUCAUUUCGACAAUCGCAAUAACAAUUGAAUUGGGAACUGUUCAGUCGAUUGCUGUUACUGGGAUUUUGAUGUGCAAUGAUAAACCGGCGAAUAAUGUGAAAGUCAAGUUGUAUGAAGAGGAAGCUGGUAUGUUAGGGAAAUUUUAGUAUUUGAAAAAAAAUUAUGAUCCAUGUGAACACCAAAAGCUUUCAAAAUAAAUCUGAAAAUUUUUAGAAUCUUGAAAUCAAAGACUUCUGAAACCACAAUUUCUUUAAUUCUAUGAAUUCCGGUUUUGGCUAAAUUAUUUUGAGAAGUUUUUUUAAAGAAUUUUUCUGAUUUUUAGAAUCUGAAAAAAUUUUUAAAAAUAAACAAUUGUAAAAAAUAGUGGACAAGAUUCUAGGGAACAUCUUGAAUUUUAACUUUCAUAUUUUUUAUUUCUAAAAAUUCAACAUUCAAUUUUUUUUUCAAAAUUUUAAUUUUAAUUCGUCAUAGCUCCCUAUUGAGAAAUAUUUCCUCAAAUUCUUGAUCAUUCCAUAAUAUCAUGUGCUCCGAAAAUUACGAAAUUUUACUCAUUCAUGAAUAAUACCUUUCUGAUUUUCAUGAAUAGCGGAAAUUAAAAGAAAAAAUUUCUCAAAUUUUCUUUCCAAAAAUGUAAAUUUGGAAAGUGCAAGCUUCGCCACUUCAGAAAAAAACUCAAGAUUUUUCCAGUUCUCGAUGUUCUGUUAGAUGAACGUUUUACAAGUGAGAAUGGAACUUUCGAAAUGUCCGGAUCAAAAUCUGAAGUCUCAACAAUCGAUCCAAAAGUCAAUAUUUAUCAUAAAUGCAAUUAUGAUGGAGUAAGUCUCCUUUUCAUUUCACAGAAAAAAAUUGUAUCAAAAAACAUUUGUAGUUUUGCGUGCGUAAAUUAUCGAUCGAAGUGCCAGCAGAAUUCGUAACAAAUGGCGAGAAACCAUCACGAGUUUUUGACAUCGGACAAAUUAAUUUGGCCUCCAAAUUUUCCGGCCAAUCUACUGAUUGUUUUAAUUGAAAAAAACAACAUUGUUUAUAUUUUUUUUUUAGUAUUUGCUCUCACUUUGAAUAAAAUAUGAUAAUUUUUUAUUAUUUUGAUAGAAAAAGAAAACAAUUUUUAUCAGUGCUUCAAGAAAGUUCUAUGCUUCUCAAUUGGAAAAACAAAAAAUAUUUGAUUUUAUAUUUUUUUGCGGACUCUUUUCUGUGUAACUGUACUUUUUCAGCACUUUUUAUCUUUAGAAAUACGCAUUUUCCACACACGCAUUGCAAGAUCAAAUUGAAAGGUGAAAGUGAGAAAAAAAUCGCUGUUGAAUAUUUUAAAAUCAAAUAUAUGUACAAAAAAUACAUAUUUUUGAUCUCUCUCUUCCAAUUGUCGCAUCUUGUGUUGUGAAAAAGAAAAAGUACACGUGAGCGUCAUGUGAUGUGUUAGUGCACGCGUCAAAACUCUCUGCAUUAUUUCACUCUCUCAUCUCCUUUUUGUCUUUUCACUCUCUCAUUUUUUGCCGCACCUCUUUGUUUCUCUAACCGCGUUUGCGCACUCUCCUCGUUUUUCUUGAUAUAUUGUGGUCGGUGCGUUUUUUUUCGUGUUGUGUCUCAUUAUUAUUCUUAUAAUUGAGCAUUUGAUGAUAAUUGUUUUUAAUAUGGCCACCAUGAUUUAUUUGUAUGGGUGGUAGUUUUUCCUUUUUUUUUUCUUUCGUUGAAGUUCUCAUUCUGAGAUUCAGAUUUUUCCAAAAUCCAAAAUUAUUACAGUAAUUCAACCCCACACAUCCAUGGACUUCAAUAUAUUUUUUGUCAAUAAAGGUCAUAGUAUACCCAUAUCACUGAAUGUAGAUAAAACAACAGUUAGCCAACUUCAAUCGUUUAUUGGAAGAGAAGUCAAUUUGAAACCCACAGAACAGGUAAGUUUUUGAAGGUGAAAAUUGCUUGGAGAUUGUGGAAGCUUUUGAAAAACACCUCUUUUGACUUUUCAAAGUUGUUCCAGAACUAACUUUCUUCAGAACUAGAAUUUCUAGGCUCGGCUACUUGAAUUAGGGUUUCUAGACUUUGAUUUUAGAACCUAGUCGAAUUUUUUGCCUUGAAGUCAUAUUUUUUUAUCUCUUUUUUUUGCAAAGAAAAUUUCCAAAUCGAUUUUUCUUAAAAAAACAACACAAAAAAAUUUGCAGAUUCUCCUUACUGGUAAAGGAAAUACGCUUGAUCCCAACAAACUACUAAACACUUAUAAAGAUUUGGGAAGUUCCGGAUGUCCAGUGUUUCUUUUUCGCAAAUCGGGUCACGAUCGGGAUGAGCCAACACAAAGUGAGAUCAAUUAUAUCUUCAAUCAGAUCAAGGAUUGUUUAGAUCAGGCAUGUUUAAGGAAAUCAAAAAAUCAAUAAUUAUUUUUAUAAUUUUAGGGUAGUUAUGUAAUUCAACAUGAUGAUCCUUCUCGAAUUUAUCUCGAGUUAUCAGAACGAGUAAAUGAUUGUAAAAAGUUAUCAACAUCAACUUUGCACACUUGCGCAAGACUCGUUCAAGAGCAUCAAUUUUUAUAUCAAGGUUGGACGGCAUUGAUUCACAAUCUUGAUGACUCUGUGGCAAAAAUCAAUAAAAGAUUGGAGAAAUUCCAAAAACUAUCGGAAAAAGUUGGCGAGAUGAACAGUCGCGCUUCGGAUUUGUUGCAAAACUUUAACGGAGUUUUGGAACAGCUGAAGAGAAUUGAGAUUCCGUUGGAUAUAAUGACUAAAAAUGCGUCGUGUCUGAAUUUGGCGCAAGCGGCCACUGUUUCUGCGCAUCCUGUGAAAAUGACACUUUUUGAUUGGAUUUCGAAAGCGGAUCCGGAUUCAACGCUUGAUGAAAUGCUUGAAGGUGUUGAGGAGCAGAUUGCAAAGGUGAUUUGAAUUUCUGCAUCAAGGAUUCGAAAUUUUCUCCUCUAAAUCGCAAUCUCAAAAAUUUGCAGGUCAAAGAUUACGAUACAAAAACUGUGGUAGCUGCUCUUAACUCAGUCAUCGAUCAAUCCAAAAAUCCAGAAUAUCGAGACAUCAAAGGAAUCAACAAACGAUUCUCACAACUAGAAUAUAGUCUGGUGAAAUGCGAAGGUUUGUUGAUGGGGGGAUUUUGAUUCUGUAUCAAAAUGUCGUGUUUUUCAGAGUUCAACAAAGCGAUUUGUGAACUAGUGGCAAGAAUUGUGGAGACUCCAAAAAGUAUGGAUAAAACGAAAUUACCGGUAUGUGAAAUGAUUUGAAAAAUCUGCAAAAAAAUCAAUAAUUUCAGAUUGUUGUUGAUGAGCAUAAACGAGUGUUCCGUGAAAUAAUCGAAGUUUUCGAGAGACUUCGUGGAGCUGCAGCUGUUUUUGAUCAAUCAAAACAAGAAUUGAUCAAAAAUGUGCGCACGCGACUUGCUGGAUUCAUUGUGCAAUCAUAUGACAAACUGAAUUUUGCACAUCUUGAUAUCAUCAAACAAGAAGAGCAGACCAAAGUGUUACGAUUCCGUUUGGAUUUGAUUGAACAAAUCAAGGAGAGUCCAAUUGUAUUUUCACAAUCUGUAUCAGAAGUUAUUCGACGGGGAUUGUUCAAAGCAGAAUUGGAAGCUUGGCAUAACGAGCAUUCUGAAAAAUGUGUCGAAUUGACGACGGAAGAGAAAAAUAUGAGGAAAAGAAUCGAGCGGAAAUUAGAAAAGCAUUUCUUGCGAACACUGUUUCCUGGAAUGUUUGAUGAUAUUCCUCAAUUUUUCGUCAAAUCUCCAUUAGCAAAUUAUGAUGAGCGAAUUCCAAAAAUCCAAAAAGAAUACAUCAGCUCGCUUCGUCAAUCACUUCCCGAACUGGAAAAACAUUUGAAAGUGAAGUUGCCGGAAAUUUCGGUGAAACUGAUGCCAAAAGAUGCGAGACCUCAUCCACCAUUGGGGCAAACGAGAAGAGAUGAGAGUUUUAUCACCAAGGAGCCAAUGAGUAUGGGCGUUUCGCAUUAUGCGUAUUCACCGGCACAGUGGUUGAGGUAAGAUUAUGGAGCUGGAUUAUUGAAAUUUUAUAUUUUGUGUAGAGAAUCUCUGAAAAAUAAAUAGAACCCAAACAUCCUCCCUUUUCAGCGAAGACGGCGGCGACUCCGAUUCACCACCAGUUACUUCAGCAAUGUUGAUGGCAAGAUCUCCAGAUGCAAUGAUGAGAGAGUCACAAAUGAAGCCAGUUCCCAUUGUUCCAUCUUUGGCCCAACUCGAUAUCAUGGUAUGUUUUCUCUUCGACAUAUAAAACUUUAUAAAUCUCUCCGUUUCAGAACAGCGCUCCAUGUACAUCUGUAGCUCGUAGCGCGCCGAUCGCUAUCCCAUCAUCUUCCUUGGGAAAUCACAGCAAUCGUACAAUUUCACCGAAUUCGUCUCCACCAAUGGAACAAGCUCUAGAUAUUGAUCAAUUUCAUGAUCCACAAGGUGAUGAACAACAAUUUGCUGUUGAUGAUUUGAAGAAUUCCAAUGAUUCAACAACAUCGAGAAUUGAAGCAUUGACGCCAAUCAAAAAUGAGGUUGCAGCUGUUGCCAAAGUGAGUGUUUCAUAGAAUUUCUGAUCAUUUUUAUUGUUUUUUUUAGGGUUUGCUGGACAUUCGUGCUGAAAUCAUAAAUAGUUCGGAUAAAUUCGAAGAAGAGUUCAAACAAGUCAAUGAAUUUUUGUUGUCUCGGAUUCCGGUUGAAUUGAAAAAAGUUGAUGAAAAGCAUAAAAUGGAGAUUGAACUUUUGAUGGGAAAUAUAUCAAAACUGACUGAGGAAUUGGCGAAUUUGAGAGAGGAAAAUGAAAAAAGCAAAGAGAGUCUGAAUCUUUUCCAUCAACAGAAAGAGGAAGAAUCUACGAAAGAAAGUGAGAAGAUUGAGAAGUUGGAGACAAGGAUUGUUGAAUUGGAGAGCGAGGUGAAAUCGAUUGAGACAGAUACAAUUAAAAAAUUAACAGUUGAAUACGAAUUAAUGAUUGAUCGAACAAGAUCUGAUUAUGAGGAUCAAAUUAGUCAGAAAGAUAUGGAUAUAUUGGAAUUGAAAAAGGAACUGGAGAAAAAGCAGGCUGAAAUUGAUAAGCAGAAGCAAGAAUUGCUGCAAUCUGAAAGUUUUGAUGAUCCAUACACAGAAGAAUAUCGAAAAAAGGUGACUUCGGAAAUAAGAUCGGAACUCGAGAAGGAAUUCAAAUCGAGAACUGAAAUUAUCGCCAAAGCCAACGAGCAAAAGAAAAAUGAAAGUCUCGCAAGAGCCAAGAAAGAGCAAGAAGUUGAAUUCAAGAUUCUCUCCCAGGAAAAUGAAUCGAAAGCCAAGAAAUUGGUUAUUCUUGCAAAUGAACGGGAUAAACUUCGAAUGAUUAUUCUGAAAAGUGCAGUUGAUGGUGAACAACUUCUCAAAGAAUUGGAUGAUUCAUUAGAUGAGAUUGUUCCACGAGAAACUUUACCCAAUAUUUCAUUGAGUCGCUCUCCACUAAUGACACAAACGUGAGUUCGAACUACCUUUUUCGAGGUAUAAAUAUGAUCAUAUUUUUCCAGAUCUCUACCUGAAAUGGAUGAAAGUGUUAUGAUAAUGAAUUCAAACAUGAAUCAAUCGCAAAUGAUGAUGAGUACAGCUAUUUUACCAUCACCACAAUCGGAUCAAGAAUUGGAUGUUGUUCAAAUUUUUGCGGAAUCUGAUGGAAAAGUUUCGACAUCAACACAAACCAAAAUCUGCUUGCCAUCUAUGAAUAUGAUGGUGACAAUUCAAGACAUCAAACAGGGUAGUACAGUGCUUGUGAUCUGGGAUGAACGACAUAAAGCGUAUAUUCUAUUCUGGUAAGGAUCUUAUUUCUGAUCUCAAUUCAAUAUUUUUUUUUGUUGCAGCUCGAGCCAGUACCGCCACUUUGUAAAAGAAUCAUCCGUCAGAAAACUUGGCCUAAUUCUCCCGGCUGAUUCAACUGCUCCAAGAAGAAAUUGGAUUCUUGGAAAAAGUAUGAAAAUUGAUAAUUGUGCCAUCAAAAAACCAGUCAAUAGGUUAGUGAGACUCUCAAACCGAAAUUUUUAAAAACAUCUCCCUUUUCCAGAUACAAUUUACCGGUUGGAACAAUUGUUCGACGUGUUGAAGUCGAUCCGGUUGGCAUGGAUUUGGAACCAGACAUUCACAAUCAAAUGGUCGAAACUCAUUGA